AUGUCGGAGCUCCAGCCAUAUCAAGCCGACCUUAUCGACAAAGCGAUGUCUGUUGGGGCUCUCAAGUUUGGGACAUUCACGCUAAAAUCAGGAAGAGAAGCCCCAUAUUUUUUUAAUUCAGGGCUUUUAAACACUGGACCCAUUAUCUCGGCUCUGGCCAAAGCGUUCGCAUCAACGAUCGUCAAUACCCAACUUGAAUCCGAGAAUCCUAUCCCUCAGUUCGACGUACUCUUCGGCCCGGCGUAUAAGGGUAUUCCUUUGGCUGCCAUGACUGUCAUGGAACUUUUCAACCAACACCAGGUAUCGGUGGGACUGGCGUAUGACAGGAAAGAAGUGAAGGAUCAUGGAGAGGGCGGGAAUAUGGUCGGUGUAUCUGUCGCUGGGAAGCGGGUUGUUGUUUUGGACGAUGUGAUGACCUCGGGUAAGGCCGUUCGAGGUUCUAUUGAGUUGAUAGGAAAACAAGGUGGAGAGGUAGUAGGUGUUGUUCAGUGUUUGGAUCGAGAAGAGGUUGGACGAGAUGGUGUUGGGAGUGCGGUUAAGGAGGUUGAGGGGAUUGUUGGGAAAGGACGUGUUAAGGCGAUAUUGAAAAUGCGCGAUUUGAUGAUGUGGUUGGCGGAAAACAAGAUGGAAGACGAGUUGGUUAAGAUGCGAGCAUAUUGGGAUCGUUAUGGUUUGAACAAGUAG